AUGUGUGCUAUCUGCCUCUCUCUGCCGUUGCUUUCUUUGGACUCCCUUGUGGCGCAGGGAUGCUCUGCAAUUAUAGGUGGUAGCAAAAACCCAAACGCCAUGUCGCUCACGCUGUGGAGUGGUGUAAACGCUGGGAAUGCAUGCACGCACAAGCUUCUGGCUGCUGCGACCCUCGCCAACGUUGCGGUGACGCCGAAGACGUGCGAGUACGGCCGCGAGAACGAGACGGCGGAAUGCUGCCGCAACUGCAGCCCGUGCGGCCGCUACCCCGUGCUGCAGACGGAGGAGGGCUGUGUGUUCGAGACCAACGCCAUCCUGCGCCACAUCGCGUGCCUUGACCGGAGCGGCGGCUUCCUGUACGGCCGCACGCCGCUGGAGGGCAGCCAGGUGGACAUGCGGCUCGACUUUUCGGCAACGGAGCUGGACGCUGCCCCCGCACCGUUUGUGCAGCACGCCUUCCGUGGCGGGCAGCGGCUCGCCAACCCGAUGGACCGCGUGCACGAGGUGCUGCGUGCGCUGGAGGCGUGGCUGGAGACGCGCACAUUCCUCGUGGACGAGCGCGUGGCGGUUGCGUUUGCGCCGCAAUGGCACUAUCGUCUGAGCGGUGCGGAGGGAGAGGCACUGACGAGGAAGUACCGGAACGCGUACCGCCUGUACAACACGGUGGUGCAGCAGCCGAAGACGGUGGAGGUGUUGCCGCCGAGCCGUUUGUGCUGGACGCGUUGA